AUGAAGUUAUUAGAUUUAGUUGAUAGCUCGAAUGAAACUAGAGUUAAGCUGACACCCGAGAAUAAGGAUGAUCUUUUUACAAUCUAUCAGAUAAUUGAUCCAAACGAUGAGAUUAUCAUAAAGAAGCAGUUUAAACAGUCUGAUUCCGAUAAGAGUGAUCUAUUGUCCAUGCGUCUAAAGAUUAUUUCUUUCGAAUUUGACAUAAAGGAUGAAUACUUACGGUAUAAGGCAAUAACUGUGCCGAUGGGUGGUAAUCAAAAAACAGAUUAUCCUAUUGGGAAAUUUAUCAGUUUCAAUAUCGUUUAUAACCACGUAAUAACAAUCUUUAAGGAUGAGGAUAAUAAAUUGAACAAGUAUGCUAAGAAGUUGAUCAACGAAUCCAUUGAAGAUAAUUUUGAAAUCGGUGCAAUAGUAUUACAAGAUGGGAUUGCCCAUAUCUGUGAAUUGAAUAGUCUUUCAGUGGUGAUGAGACAAAAAGUUUCAGUAAAUAGCAAGAAGAAGAAAACUACUGAAAAUGAAGUUGAAACACAAGAAUUCUACCAAGUAAUUUAUGAUUCCAUGUUAAAUCAAUUAAGUUUGAACGAUUUGAAAUGUUUCCUAAUAUGUAGUCCUGGUUUCUAUGCAGAGACUUUGUUCAAAUUUAUAGAAAAGAAGGCUACUGAGACAAAUAAUACUGAUAUUUUGAACAAUUUAAACAUCUUUGUCGUGGCACAUUGUUCUAACGGUUAUCUACAGGGAAUCGAUGAAGUUUUGAGAAAUCCAAAGUACACAGAAGUUAUUGGGGAUACAAAACUAAUCAAGGAUGUCAAACUUUUCGGUGAAUUUAUGGAACAUUUAAACCUUGAUGACUCCUUUGCAUGGUAUGGCGAAUUUGAAAUAUUUAAAGCCGUUGAACAAGAUGCUGUUGAAACACUUUUGAUGACAGACACAAUGAUGAAGAGUAAUGAUAUACAUAAAAGAGAGAGAUAUAUGGACUUAAUUGAAACUGUUGAAAAUAAUGGUGGCAAAGUUGUCAUCUUCAGUUCAUUGAACGGAACUGGUGAAGAAUUAAAUAAGUUAGAUGGUAUUGCAUGUAUACUAAAGUACGCUUUACCAAAUCUUGAUGAGGAUUAUGAUGAAAACGACGAGAAGGAAAAGGAAGAAGAAGAAAACUAG